UCAGCCAGGAAGGGCUGGCUGUUCUAGGGAUGGGUCCUGCCCACCUCAGAAGUUUCCAGCAGUCACAGAGCAGCGAGGGGUCUUAUCUUGUCUCCCUUUCCGUGGAGAUGGGGUCCCUGCAGGGCUGCAGUGAAAGCCUUCCUAGAAAAGGUCUACAGCCAACUCAGACGGACCAGCAGGCUGAGGCCCGGUCCUACCUCAGCGAGGAGAUGAUUGCGGAGUUCAAGGCCGCUUUUGACAUGUUUGACGCUGAUGGCGGCGGCGACAUCAGCGUCAAGGAGUUGGGUACCGUCAUGAGGAUGCUGGGCCAGACGCCCACCAAAGAGGAGUUGGACGCCAUCAUCGAGGAGGUGGACGAGGAUGGCAGCGGCACCAUUGACUUUGAGGAGUUCUUGGUCAUGAUGGUGCGCCAGAUGAAAGAGGACGCCAAGGGCAAGAGCGAGGAGGAGCUGGCCGAGUGCUUCCGCAUCUUUGACAGGAACGCCGAUGGCUACAUCGACGCAGAGGAGCUGGCCGAGAUUUUCAGGGCCUCUGGGGAGCACGUGACGGAUGAGGAAAUCGAGUCCCUAAUGAAGGACGGGGACAAGAACAACGACGGCCGCAUCGACUUCGACGAGUUCCUGAAGAUGAUGGAGGGCGUGCAAUAAAGCAGCGAUCUCCGCCUUCGCUCUGCCGGCUCGUUCCCCGCCCCACGACGGGGAUGCGGCUCCUUCUGACUCCGUGUCUGGAAGGAAUAAAAAAACAAACGUUGUCAAGCUUGUGGCCUGAGUGAGGGGACCUUCUGGCC